AUGCUCAUUUCGUCACGUGUUACCGGAAGGAUUUCGCCCACCUUCGGUGACCUAUCGGCCCUCGAGAGCCUCACGCUUGUGGGGAACAAUCUGACUGGCUCGCUUCCUGGCGAAAUCAGCAACCUUCGGUUCUUACGGGAGCUUUACAUUUCGGGAAACGGAGACGGGUUAUCGGGACCUUUUCCAGAGACUGUCACAGCGCUUACGGACCUAUCCAUUCUUAUCCUCUCCGACAACCAGCUGACGGGCAACGUUCCGCGAGGGAUUGGCGAGCUCACGAACCUGGUAACCCUCUCCUUGAGCGAAAACAGUCUCACGGGUCGGAUUCCUCGCGAAAUCUCGACACUGCAUCGGCUGACGUGGCUCGACCUUGCCUCCAACAGCCUGGAAGGAGCCAUCCCGCCGCAACUCGCGUCGAUGCGGUCACUCGUGGAGCUUUCGCUGGAAUCCAAUCGCCUUUCGGGAUCAAUACCUUCCAGUUUCGACAAAUUUCGCGUACUUCGCACGCUUCGCCUGGGACACAAUGUCCUCACGGGUGACCUUCCUUUCAGCGCGAUUAACUCCAUGCGGCGGCUGGAAGUGCUUGACCUUCAUCGCAACUCGUUAUACGCGUCUUCGUUAGCGCCAUUAGCGGUACACCCUUCGCUACAGUACAUCGAUGUCAGCUGGAAUCAAAUCUCGGGCAGCUUUCCGGCGGAGUUCGCACAGUUGAAGAACCUGACGGGGCUGAGUCUUGCAGGCAACGCGUUGCAAGGAAAGAUUCCACGAAACUUGUUGGGUACUGGCUCUCAGCUCAACUACCUCAACCUGGCUUAUAACGGAUUCACUGGGAUCUUUCCGUGGACGGCGCUACGCGGCAUGGAGAACCUCGAUAGUAUCACGCUCAGCCAUAAUCGGUUUGUGGGGAUCGUGCCUCGUGAUGCCCUAGUCAACGUCGCCCUGAGCUUCCUCAACAUCUCCCACAAUUUCUUCUCGGGCAGCACGUUCUGUGGCACCAAUGCCACUAACGCUCCUUGCUCGGGCCAUGGCGUGUGCGUCCCGGCGACCACUCUAGAGGAUUAUGAAUCAGGGUCGCAACCAGAUUAUGGACCAGCUUCAGAAGAGUACCUGCAGUUUGAGUGUCUGUGCUUCAGGGGUUAUCAGCUGGCUGAGGGUAGCAGGCAUGAGUGCGUGCCAAUGAUGGCAGACAUGACGUCAAGGAGGAAACGGCCAGCUAGUCUCAGUUUUAGGGGAGAAAGGUAG